GAUAAUAUGGGGAGUAACCACGUGUUAAUAGCUGUCUUUACCUGUCUUAAUUUGCCCUGUUUCAGGGAGCUGGAAUAUCGGCUGUUGGAGCAGUGCACAGUUGAUACAGGAUUAGCCAAAGGACAAAGCCUUCCGUCUGUAAUGGGCUCUGUUCCUGAAGACAUAGUUGAGGAUAUAAAAGUUCGCACUUGUUUUGUGAGUGAUCUCCAACGUGGACUGAAAAUCCAAGCAGCCAAGUUCAACAUUGAUGGCAGUGCUGAGCGUCCUUCACCGCCUCCAGAUGUGGACUAUCCUUUAGAUGGUGAAAAGAUUCUCCAUGUAGUUGGCUCCAUCCGAGACUCAGUUGCGGAAAUACUGUUUGAACAGGAUAAUGAAGAGACAUCUGUUGCCACUUUGAUCUUAGAUUCACUCAUUCAGUGUCCCAUAGACACCAGGAAGCAGUUGGCAGAGAACUUGGUGGUUAUGGGUGGCACUGCCAUGUUGCCGGGAUUCCUCCACAGACUGAUGGCUGAAAUCAGGUACCUGGUAGAGAAACCAAAAUACAGAGAAGUGCUUGCGACUAAAACCUUCAGAGUUCACGCUCCACCUGCCAAACCCAACUACGUGGCGUGGCUGGGAGGAGCCAUUUUUGGAGCACUUCAGGACAUUCUUGGGAGCAGGUCUGUGUCCAGAGAAUAUUACAGCCAGACGGGGCGCAUACCUGACUGGUGCUGUCUGAGUAAUCCUCCACUGGAGAUGAUGUUUGAUGUUGGAAAAGCACCCCCACCACUGAUGAAGAGGGCUUUUUCUACUGAGAAAUAAGCACUAAAAUGCUACACGAGGAUUCUCCUCUUCUGUUUCAAGUACAUGUAUAUAAAUAUCAGUAGGGUUUUUUAAUAUGAAGUAACCUGUGUGUAAUGCCAUUAAAUAUGACCAGUGUGGAUGUUCUGGGGGAGUACAGGGGUAGUUCCUAACACUGUAUGUGGAACUGUGUUCAUGUGCUGUUUAAAGAUGAAUUCUGUUAACUCCUCUGCUACUUUGUCACCCAGUGAAGAAAUGGUAUGUGGUCAUGAGUUGUAGCUUUCUGAGUUCUGUUAUUUAUUGGUGCAGUAAAUGACAUUGUGAAGGUGCUUUGUUUUAAGAUACUUUGAUGUAAAGUAGUGUGAGAAGACUGCAGGACUGUCUGCUUUGGGAAACAUCUGGAAGCUUUCCUGCCAACCUGAAGAGAGGAAUGCUUUACACAGGAUCAUGUGUUGGAACUGUUAGGAACUGGCUUGUGUUCCUUAGUGGAGUUGCUGGAACAGUAUUUCCCCUGAGAA